AGACUGGUAAUAGAAAUUGAUACUAAAGUGACAAACUUUAAAUGGAAUUCCAACCCCCCGUCACUUGUCCCUUUCACCUGCAGAUAAAAGAAAAAAUAGACAGCAACCUUUAUUUUGAAAGGAGGCGACCGCUUCGCACCGGAAGUGUAAAAUUUCGUGUUGUCUGAAAACAGGAACGCAUGUGUUGGACUUCACUGAGGAAAUAUUACAACGUGUCUUUUCUUCAAAGAUAUUUUAGCUGCUGUCAGGCUGCCUAGAAACACAAUCUGAACCAAAGAGACACAGUUAAUAUUUUCCUUCUUUCAUUCAAGCUGGCGACAGAACCUGAAGCUCACAGUUUAUAAUGUCACAAGCCACCAAACGCAAACAUGUGGUGAAGGAGGUUCUGGGAGACUUUGUCACCCCCACAGAAAACCAGCAGAUUGUGAAGGUUACUGGUAGCCGUGGCAACAACCUCCAUGAAACAGUCACAGCGCAGGGGGAGACUUUCCUGGUCAGCAUGCCCACCAAGUUCCGCAAGAACCUCUGGAUCAAGAGAGGUGACUAUGUGAUUGUGGAUCCCAUUGAGGAAGGAGAGAAGGUGAAGGCAGAGAUCAGCUUUAUUCUCUAUAAAGAUCACAUUCAGUACCUGCAAGAACAACAGCACUGGCCAGAGGGGUUCACAGAGGAGCUGUCAGAGCAGGACAAGACAAACAAACAGCAGGAAAAGGAAGCAGAGACGCAGGAGAAAGACGAGGAACUGAGUGACUCUGAAGACGACGAGAGCGACCUCUUUGUGAACACCAACCGCUGUAACUACCAGUACAGUGAGAGCGAGGAGGAGGACAGUGAGGAGGAAGAUGAUGACAAAGAGGAAAGGACAGAAAACGGCUCCAAGCACUGAGGACGAUGGAGAUCGAGGGGAAACUGAGACUGUGUGCUGUGCUGUCACUGACUCUGGACUGCCUGUAGUAGAGGCUCACUGAAUGGACUCAAACCUAAUGGUGUAAAAUAGGUCUUGUUUUUUUUUUUAAAUUGAUUUAAAAAGAUCACAAAUCAGUAACUGAAUCAAAACUUCUGUAGAAUCAGAUUUGACUGUACUUUCAUUGUCUUACUUACACAAACUCAAGCAUGUUUAUAUCCUUAUAUGGACAAUAUCCAGUUACAGGAUCAUUUUAUUUUAAACUGUUAUAUCAAUUCCUCCUCCUCCAUAGGACAGAAUGAAUCAUUUAGAAACGUACAAAAAUUGCACAACUUAACGCCUCGUCACCGUUGACAGGACAUAUUUUUGUCAUGAUUGAUUUAAUUAAUUAUAGACAAAUAGACCUCUGGGCGUGGUGAGAAUUAAAAGACCUUUCCAGUUUCACCACUCCUCUGAAGGAUGUUGAUUUAACUACCUGGCACUCUUAUUCAGAGCUCUUUGUAAUGCUGAUUGUGCUGACCAAAAGAGCAAAAAACACUGUAGUUUCAGUUGACUUGUAUGACUUGUUGUAGUUAAAAGUUGGGACAUUGUGGCUGCUUCGUGCCUCAUCUUUCUCUGACAUUCCUUUAGCCACUCAGCCAGUUUUGGUUUGUGUCACAAUGAAAGUUUUGAAAAGGAA